CGUGUGCAGAGCUUUAUGAGCUGUACUGUUGUGUUUUGCUGAGUCUACUUUUAUUGGUGGGUUUAUGGAGAAUUCUGGAACUGGAGAAUCUCUCUGAAGGGAAAUGAUCACUAACUGGAUCUACAGCCGCCAGUUUGACUUGAAACAAACCUGAAAUCAGAGACUGAGUGUUUCACAGAACUGAGAGUGAAAGUCUGAGCGUUCUCACUGGAAGAAACAGCAGGUGAAGAAAAUGGCUUCUAAAUCUUUCUCAGAGGAGGAUCUCUCCUGUCCUGUGUGCUUUCAAAUCUUCAAAGAUCCUGUUAUUCUGCGCUGCAGCCACAGUGUGUGUAAAGACUGUUUGCAGCGGUUCUGGGAAACCAAAGAAUCCAGAGAAUGUCCAGUUUGUAGGAGAAGAUCUUCAAUGGAGAACCCUCUACCAAACCUGGCUUUAAAGAACCUGUCUGAGAGUUUCUUACAGGAGAGAAGGCAAAGAAGUUCAACAGGGUCUGAAAACAUCUGCCGUGUGCACGGUGAGAAACUCAGACUCUUCUGUCUAGACGAUCUACAGCCUGUGUGUGUGGUGUGUUGGGUCUCUCAAAUACACAUGAACCACAAAUUUCUCUCCCUUCAGGAUGCAGCACUUGACUACAGGGAGAAACUCAAAACUGCACUGAAGCUUCUGAAGGAGAAACUGCAGAUCUUUAAAAGGUUUAAACUGAAUUUGGAUCAGACUGCAGAACAUAUAAAGACUCAGGCCCAACACACAGAGAGACAGAUUAAGGAGGAGUUUGAGAAGCUUCAUCAGUUUCUACGAGAUGAAGAGGCAGCCAGGAUAUCAGCACUGAGGGAGGAAGAGGAGCAGAAGAGUCAGACGAUGAAGGAGAAGAUUAAGAAGAUGAGCAGAGAGAUAUCAGCACUUUCAGACACAAUCAGAGCCACAGAAGAGGAGCUGGGAGCUGAAGAUGUUUCAUUCUUGCAGAACUACAAGGCCACAGUGAAAAGAGCUCCGUUCACAAAGCAGGAUCCAGAGAGCCUUUCAGGAGCGCUGCUCCAUGUGGAGAAACACCUGGCCAACCUGAAGUUCACAGUCUGGGAGAAGAUGCAGAAGAUCGUUCAGUUUACUCCUGUAACUCUGGACCCCAACACUGCUCAUCCUGAUCUCAUCCUGUCUGAUGAUCUGACCAGUGCGAGAUAUAGUAAUGAGAAACAGCAGCUUCCUGAUAAUCCAGAGAGAUUUGAUAUGGGUGUAUGUGCCCUGGGCUCUUGGGGCUUUAACUCAGGAACUCACUGCUGGGAUGUUGAAGUUGGAAACAAUAAACACUGGAUUCUGGGUGUGAUGACAGAAUCUGCUCAGAAGAAGGGAAGUAUAUACUCAAGGAGUGGAGUGUGGUGUGUGUGGUAUUACAGAGGUGAAUAUGGAGCCUGUUCUUCACCACAAACAGAAACUGACCUCUCAGUAGGUCAGAAACUGCAGAGGGUCAGAGUGCAGCUGGACUGGGACAGAGGAAAACUCUCAUUCUCUGAUCCUCUCACUAACACACACUUACACACUUUCACACACACAUUCACUGAGAGAGUUUUUCCACUGUUUGGUACUCGUGACAUCAGCCCUGUGAAAAUCACAGAAGUGCAGUUUGGUGUAUCAGUGAAUCAGCUCAGUUAGAGCUCAUUCAGUCUUUGUGUGGAUCAGCACUGAAAUACUGAUUAAUACUGAAAUGAUCACUGCAGUUAUAAGACCUGUUCAGUUACUGCAGCUGAGCUGGGAUUAUUUGAGGAAUCUUAUUGAGCUGCUUAAACACAUUUGUAGAAGGUUUAUCUGCUUUUUUAAACACUAAUGGAAACUACAUUAAAGUAGUCUGAAACAGUCUGAAAAAACACUACAUAUACAUAUAUGUAUAUAUUUCUUGCUCAGUAUGUAAAAAAUGGACGAUCAUGCAGAUUAACAUUGAAAAAAUAUGCAAGUAUGAUAGUUGGUGGAUUAAUCAUAUUUAUGUUGAGAUAUUGAACACAUCCAUUCAUAAGAUUCUUCUUACAUCAGCGUGAGCUUUACUGUCUCUCAUUGUUGCUUAAACACAGUUGUGGAAAGUUCAUCUUCAUUUCUGAAGCUCUUCUGUGACCCUGAUAACAGUAACACAAACCAGGUUGUUGGGUUUCCUGUAUUUUGUCUUGUAUUGUUUUUGUCUAUUGUAAGUUUGGUUAAGAUCAGGGGUUAAACUGGAAUUUGGGACGUGGGGGAGCCCUAUUUUUCCAAUGAGUGUCAACAAUGUAGGAAGUGAACUCUGUUCAGUGUAUGUGGUUCUAUAUGGAGUUCUAACACUGAUACCAUGAAAAUGGGAUUAAAACUAACAGCCUGUCAGUUUCUGUCUGAACGGCUUAAUGAAGUCAAUUAAUUUGUUUGGAAGUUUUAAGUUUUCCCUGUUUGUCAGUUUUGUCAUCAAAUUUAUAUGAUGAUGUGAUUCUUAUCUGACAAAAAUGAAAUGUGGAAUGAGUAACAUUAAA